AUGGCUUUCCACUUAAAACGGAUCCACCCACAGUAUCAGACUAACGACGGCAGUUCAUCUAGUAGUAAUACCGGAGCUGCACCAAAACUAACUCAAAGAAAGCUAGAUUUGAGACCGCCAUUGUCCGAGAAAAGGAAAAGAGAAAUCACGGGCAAAAUUGCAGAGUUUAUUGCGCUCGACAUGAGGCCAGUGAAUGUUGUGGACGGUGAAGGUUUUAAAGAAUUAACGCGCACACUUGAGCCAGGAUACACAGUUCCCAAAAGAGAGAUGGUUAUGCAUGUGGUGGAUGCGAAAUACGCGUCCAUACGCGCGGAGGUUUACAUGUUAAUAAACAAUUGCAAAGCAGUCAGCCUCACCACAGAUAUUUGGACCUCGCUGCAAAUGGAGGCAUAUCUUACAGUUACAGCCCACUUUAUUACUGAAGCCUGGCGACUGGAAAAUUUUGUGUUAGCAACAAAAAAAAUGGAGGAAAGUCAUACAGCAGAACAUAUUUCACAAACACUGAAAGAAGUCAUUUCUGAUUGGGACAUUCCAGGCACUAAGAUCGUUUCUGUUGUCCAUGACAAUGCAACGAAUAUGGUUGCAUGCACCAAUCAACUGGCCCAAGACCCAUCGUGGGGAACUGUACAGGGAGUCCGUUGUGCGGGGCAUACACUGCAAUUGUGCAUUAACAGCGCAUUAAAGAAAGAUCCCGUGUGUCGCACUGUUGCUGCUGCAAGGCGCCUUGUUUCACACUUCAAAAAAAGCGCCAAGGCCACCACAGCACUUGCAGAAAAACAAAGAGAACUGAAUGUUGCAGAGCAUAAAGUUGUACAAGAUGUUGCCACUCGAUGGAAUUCUGUCUAUCUUAUGCUCGAUCGCCUGUUAGAACAAAGGGGUGCAGUUUCAGCUGUGCUGACGGAUUCAAGUGUCAGCAAACGGUCCGACUGUGAUCUAGAGCUGACAACAUCCCAGUGGAGAAUGGCAGAGGACAUAGUCAAUGUUCUCAAGCCAAUGAUCAAACUGACAGAGCUUUUGUCACAAGAUAUGAACGCAUCUCUGUCUGCCACUGUUCCGAUGCUUAUGAACAUUAAGAAACGACACUUGGUGGUACAUGAAGACGACAGCGCUGUUACUAAGACCCUCAAGAUUACCCUGACCGAGGAGAUUGACAGACGAUGGGAGCUUAAAGGCCGUCUUUUGGAGAGCAGUAUUUAUAUCAAGGCUGCAAUUCUUGACCCAUGUUUUAAGAAGCUUUCCUUUUUCACUGAUGAUGAGCAAAGGAAUGAGGCGUAUGCUGUGGUGGAAAAUCUGGCUGAGAGUUUAGCUGCCAGGCCUGUACAGGAGGUAGGUGAUGACAGUGAAUUGGUGGAGGAGCAUGAUACUGCAGGCCCUUCAAGACAAGAAAAAGAGAAAGACCAAGUGAUGUCGAUGCUGUUGUCCAGCGAUGAAGAGGAGCAACAGCCAGGGGACAGUGAAAUGAGGGCUUAUUUAAAGGACACUACAAGAAGCAGUACAGGACCACUGGAAUGGUGGCAAAAGAAUGAGGAGAGAUACCCAAAGCUGUCCAGGGCCGCAAAGAGAUUCCACAGCAUCCCAUCUACUUCCACACCAUCAGAAAGAAUUUUCUCCAAGGCUGGAUUUAUUAUCAGUAAAACCAGGAGCGCACUGCUGCCGGCCAACGUCAACAAGUUGGUUUUCCUCGCACACAACUUAAAAAGACUCAAACGCACACAAGCAGAGUGA